UACAUCAUGUGCUACAUUUGAGCAGACAGUUCAGGCAUGGUUUUACAAAGAAUCUAUCGCUUUGGUCAGCGCUUUGUUGGAUUUAUGGGAGUUUUCACAGGUGUCAGAUUAGUAUCAAGUCACAAGUCAAAGAAGGAAUUCAUCAGAAGUAAAGACUUGUCAUCUAAGGGUUCUGUAUCGGCACCUCAUGCUUUCUCAUGGCUGGGAGAUAUAGCACCAUGUUUUGGUAUAAAUGGUAACAAUGUUCAGAUCAUUGAUGAACCAAAACAUUUUCAUGAGGUCUUAAAGUCCAAUGCUAGAAAAGCCACACAAAGGAUUGUAUUUACGUCUCUGUACUUAGGAACAGGUCAACUAGAACAAGAACUAGUAGAUGCAAUUAGAGAAGCAUGCCACACAGCAAAAACAAAAGGCAACAAUAACUUAGAAGUACAUAUCUUGCUCGACUACAAUCGUGGAUCUCGUGGAGUAGAGAAAAGUUCUCGGACUAUGUUGACACCAUUGUUAAAAGAGUAUAAAGAUAUAAUCUCAGUCCAUCUAUAUCAUACCCCUGAUUUGAGAGGGAUAUGGAAGAGGCUGCUGACAGGAAGAAUGAGUGAAGUCAUAGGACUAAAUCAUAUGAAGAUUUAUUUGUUUGAUGACAGUUUUGUUAUCAGUGGUGCUAAUCUGAGUAAUGAUUACUUUACAAACAGACAAGACAGAUAUGUCCUGUUUAAUAACUGUUCAGAGUUGUCUAACUUCUUUACAGACUUAGUGAAAACAGUUGGCUCUUUUUCCUUCCAACUAAAGGAAGAUAACUCUGUUGAACUUCAUUCUCAGUGCAAUAUUCAUCCAUUUGAAGGUUCAGAUUAUGAAUUCAAAAUGGAAGCCAAGAAAAGAAUUCUUAACCUUUUGAAGAAAAGAACUGACAAUGAAAGUGUUCAAAUACCAGAGAUAUUAAAUCAAGACAGUUUAGGAAAUUCAAAAUCUUUUGACCAAUCAAAUGUGACCAUAAAUAUUGAUGAUCAUGUGACAGAAAGUGAUUCAAAUUCAGAUCAAAAUAAAAUAGAUACUUGGAUUUACCCAUUGAUUCAAAUGGGACCAUUCGGUAUUGUAGACGAUGAAGUGGCUAUGAAAUCUAUUUUUAGAACUGCUGAAAAAGGAGAGGAGAUAUUUUUAGCAUCUGGUUAUUUCAAUUUAACGGAUCAUUAUCUACAAGUCAUUUUACAACAAUCACAAUCAAAAUAUGAUAUACUCAUGGCAUCACCUGAGGUAAAUGGAUUUUUUGGUGCCAAAGGUUUUGUUGGUGCUGUUCCAGCAGCUUACAUAUAUAUAGCUAAGAGAUUUUACAGACUUACGGGUAAAUACGAACAACAUGACAGGAUCAAAUUACGAGAAUACUUCCGAAAUAAAUGGACAUUUCAUGUGAAAGGAUUAUGGUAUUACCUAAAGAAAGAUUCACAGCCCUCAAUGUCUAUAGUUGGAUCUGCUAAUUUUGGGUAUAGAUCUGUAUACAGAGACUUGGAAUGUCAGUGUGCAAUAGUGACUAAUAACAAUCAACUACAGCAACAGUUAAAGGAGGAACAUAUCAGACUUUAUCAGAGUUCAACUCUUGUUUCCAGAGAGACAUUCUUACAGAAUGAUAGACAUGUGCCAUUAUGGAUCAGAAUAGUGACACCUCUGAUUAGACAUUUCUUUUGAGGGCCUCUGGAUACGGUUAGAAAAGUGAUGCCACUCAUCAGACAUUUCUUUUGAAUUCCUUUAGAUACUACAAAAGAGUAUAAUCACAUUUGAUACCUGGUUAAUACCAUUUAUAUAACUGCUGUAAUUACCCUUGUGUGUAAUUUGGCAACAGGUUACCAUUCACAGUAUAUCCAAGGAAAAAUUGAUGAAGGAUGGAAGCUAAAAUAGUUGUUCUUUAAUUCUUUUAUAGGAAUUAAAUUGCAUUGAAAUGUAAAUGCUGAUCAAACAUAUUCUGUGAACUGAUACAGAUUUUAAAGCAGUAUUAUGACAUUUGUUACCUCCCGUUUAUAAGACUGUUGUAGUUGCUAUUGUGAUCAAAAUUGGAUUAUAGUUAAACGCUGCUCAAACAUAUUUUUUGAACUGCUGAUGAUUUUAAAGCAGUAUUAUGACAUUUGUUACCUCCCCUUUAUAAGGCUGAUGUAGUCGCUAUUGUUAUUCAGAUGUGGACAUAUCUUUUAAUAGGUUACUAUGCCAAUAAUUGCCAAGGGACAGUUUACUGAAGGCUGGCAGUGAAAAUAGAUAAAAUGUUCAAUAGAGAUAUAAUUGGAUUGAAACCUCAAUAAGAAGAGUACCUCAAAAUAUAUUAUAUGAAUACAAUGAAAAUAUAAAUUUUUUUAAUAUAAACAUAGAAUUAUACAUCAAAUGAUAAAUAUCCACAGUAAAACAUGUUAUCCCAAACUUUAUACAAACAAAGGGAUUUUGUUUCAGGACCUCAAAUUGUGCUGCUAUGACACAGAAACACCAUAAGGUGACAAAUGAUUAAGAAUUUAAAAUGUUUCGAUGUUUUUGGAUUGCCCCCUGAAAGUGUAUGUAUAUCAAAAACAACUGUUUGUGUAAUGUAACAUUUAAAUAUAUUCCAAUCAGAUUAAUGGUGAGAUUUACAGAUAUUUCAAAGGAAGACACCAAAAAUUCAAUGGCUCCUAAAUCCUAUGAUGUCCUGUGUCAAAUUGGUACAAUAAGGGAUUCUGUUUUUAUGAACAAACAAUACCUGUGAUGCAGAUGCAAAUCAGAUACUUUAUUUAAAUCAUAAUGUAUUCACCUGCUGGUCAGAUCAUUUGUACCAGAAGUUAUUGGCAACUGAUUUUACUGACAAUACUUCACUCAGAUAGAUUUUACAAUAUUGGGUAUUUUUUAUUAAAAUUUCUGAAAAA